AGAAGAAGAAGAAGAAGAAGGAAAAAAGACGCAUGCUUCCGCACCACGUGACUAACAGAUAUUGAUGGCGGCUCCUUGUUCUGCAGGACUUGUAUCCAGGACAUCAGGACUGGGUGGUUUCCUGCGGAGAGUUUGUUGUCUAGGAAGCUGUGGUCCCCCCACAGCCCUACUGUGUCAGCAACAUCGGCGCUUUUUCUGGAGGAAGUGGAAGAAUUCUCACUCUCACAAUGUAGUUCGUCCAGCUGCUGUUAGACCUGCCUACGUGGUACCCAAGCACAUUGUGCGACCUAGCUAUGUGGGCACUGGAGUGGUCCCAGAAUGGCCAGACUACAUAGAGAUCAAGGACCAAGAGCAGAUUGAAGGUCUUGCCAGAGCAUGUCAGCUAGCCAGGCAUGUGCUGCUACUAGCUGGACGCAGUCUGAAGGUUGGUAUGACGACAGAUGAAAUAGACUUCAUCGUGCACCAGGAGACCAUCAAGAACAACGCCUACCCAUCACCUCUCAGAUAUGGGGGUUUCCCCAAAUCGGUCUGCACAUCUGUGAACAACGUGGUCUGUCAUGGCAUACCUGACAGUCGGCAACUUCGAGAUGGAGAUAUCAUCAAUAUUGAUGUCACUGUGUAUUUGGAUGGUUACCACGGCGACACCUCGGAAACCUUCCUGAUUGGCCAGGUGGAUGAGGUCGGCCAACGACUGGUGGAAACUGCCAGGCGUUGCCGAGAUGAGGCCAUUGCUGCCUGCAAGCCGGGUGCACAGCUCUGUGUUAUAGGGAACACUAUUAGUGAAGUAGCCCAUGCCAGUGGCUUUCAAGUGUGUCCGUAUUUCAUUGGACAUGGAAUAGGCUCCUGCUUUCAUUGCCAUCCUGAGAUCUGGCACCACGCUAAUGACAAUGACAUGACCAUGGACGAAGGAAUGGCUUUCACAAUAGAACCUAUACUGAUGGAGGGGUCUGCAGAAUUUAGAAUCCUGAAGGACAAGUGGACCGCAGUGUCCGCAGAUGAUAAAAGAUCGGCUCAGUUUGAACACACGGUGGUCAUCACAUCUGAUGGAGUGGAUAUUCUCACUAAACUGCCAGAAGAGAGCAAUCUGUGACCUGAAGUGAUCUACCUGCUGACCUCUACAUAAACUUUU